AUGGCGGAGAUGAAGGCUGAGGAAGCCAAGAGCUCGGCCCCGGAACUCGAUGGCCUGACGCCUUUGCAUCUCGCCGUUUUGAAAGGCAGCUACGCCCAUGUUCGCUGGAUUGUCCAUGAACGGGAGUAUGGUGUGAACGCGCUCACUGCAGACAAAAUAACACCUCUCAUGCUCGCAGCCUUAUACGGACGAAGUGACAUCUUCCUGCUUCUUUGGGGAAAAAAAGCCUCACCGAAUUCAAAAGACAGCCACGGCUACACACUGUUGGACUAUGCGGAGCCGCGAUUCAAAUUUUUCCAAAAUCUCCUUCAUCAGUGCAACAAGAUUGCCAGCCGAAAGCCCGACACGGGGGGGCGGAGAGAUAUCUACAGAGUACUGAAGGGCUUGCAGGUUACAAGGCGUCGAACCAACAUGCGUCGCACCCAAGAACAUGCAGCGGCUCAGCAAGAAGCCCGGGCUCAGUCUCGGCCCCAAGCUCCUGCGCACAUGAAUCAAAUCAGCCAGCAGCAAUCUGUACACGAUUUGCCCAGGCGUGCUGUGUUCCUCCCGUCUUCAGAUGGCAAACAGCUAGAGUUUGUGGAAGGGAGAUGCGUUGCGGCGAAUGAGCGCACUCACCCCGCCAGGAAAUGCAUCGGCGUGAUUCUGGGUGUGGACGGGAGCCACACUGACAUGUUCGCUGUCUCCGGCUGGGGUGUUAAGAGAGAUGGGACCGUCGCAUCAACAAACACCCUCGACAACACAAUCUACACGGGGCUUAUGAUGCGGGCGGCGCCGCUUCUGAAUUUCAAGCUUCCCGCCAAUGGGGCAGUUUUCCAUGUGUCCGGUACUGAGGAGCUCACAGAAGAUACCGUUGCCCUGCUGAAGGGUCAGCUUGGUAUUUUACCACCUGGGCUGCGAGAGACAGUAAUCCACCUCAAUCAUGAGGUUGCGUGUCGAAACUGUCUGCGGUUCCUUGAAGUCUUGAACCAGAAGACUGGCCUCGUGUUUCGAGUUGAAUUCCACAAAUGGUACACCGAGGUGAAGAGGAAGAAGACGCCACAGCUCUGGAUCCAGCCAGAUGGAAGUGCCAGGCCAGUCACAGGAGCUCCGUAUGAUUCAGGUGCCGACGAAAAUGCGGAGCUGAUCGACGAUGAGCUUGGCCUUCUCGACGGCGGAGACGAUACAGCUACCGGCCUCCAUGAUGAUCCUGCGGAUCCCCAGCAAGGUGACAAUGUGAACACGCGUACUGACCCGACGACCCCUCGGAAACGGACGAGCCAUCGGUCAACCAGUGCGCCCGAGCGGGUGUCAGGGCCCGACUACCCGAAGGAAGGGUCAGCAGUCAGCCAGGAGCCUCCGUACGAUAGCUAUCCGUAUCCGAAGCUCUACGUGACGCCGCCCUCGCGCAACGUCCAGGCCUUGCCGACACCACAAUCGCUCGCCCGAAUCAACGAGCUGUCGCGAAGAUCGACCCCUCCCAGCCCAGCCGGCCUUUCCGAGGGCAUGGGCUCACAAAAUCAGCCAGGCAGCAUGUCGCCCUUGCCGUCGCAGGAGUGGGAAGUGGAAGAUAUCGUGGCGACGGAAGAAAGAGACGGCGCGCGAUGGUUCCUCGUGAAAUGGAGAGGGUUUCCGGACGAGAACGACACUUGGGAGAGUGAGAGCAACCUGGCCAACGCGCAGGAGGCGGUCAGCAAGUUCAUGGAAGAACUUCGCGCCAUUCAGUCUUGA